AUGAUCAAACCCUCUUCUCCUAGUGCUCCUCCCUCUCCCUCCACAUCUUGCCGAAAUAAUUUUCCGGCAACUAGCUUUCUUGACCAUUGUUUUCUCUGCAAACAGAAACUCUUGCCUGGCAAAGACAUCUACAUGUACAAAGGGGACAAAGCUUUUUGCAGUGUGGAGUGCAGGUGCAGGCAAAUGUUCAUGGACGAAGAAGAGACGUUCAAGACUAAGAAUAAGAGAGAAAACUGCUCAUUGGCCGCCAUGAAACCACCACCCACCUCAUCAUCAUCUUCUUCACCUUCUCCUUCUCCUUCUCCUUCACGUAGUCGCAGGGGGGCCAGAAAAGGUGGAAAUGGGUUUGCGUGCUGA